AUGACUGUGCAGGUGCUCAGCGUCGCAUCCAGGGCCUUUGCCACCAACAGCCACGACAUCUUCAACAUUCACCGGCACGAGCCGCACAACAACUGGGAGACAGAGUUCGACUUCACCAAGGAGAACAUGGCCAAGGCCAAGGAGAUCCUGUCCCGCUACCCCGAGAACUACCAGGCCUCGGCCAUGAUCCCGCUCCUGGACCUGGCCCAGCAGCAGAACUCCGGCUUCCUCUCCCUGGCCGCCAUGAACCGCGUGGCGGAGGUCCUGGGCGUGGCCCCCAUUCGCGUGUACGAGGUGGCCACCUUCUACACCAUGUUCAACCGCUCGCCCAUGGGGCGCUACCACGUCAUGGUCUGCGGCACCACGCCCUGCAUGCUCCAGGGCGCCAAGGGCAUCUACGAGGCUGUCAGCCGCCACCUGGGCGUGGUGUACGGCCAGACCACGCCGGACAAGCUCUUCACGCUGUCGGAGAUGGAGUGCAUGGGCGCCUGCGUCAACGCGCCCAUGAUCGCCGUGGCCGACUACUCGGGCGGCGUGGAGAAGUUCACCUACACCUACUACGAGGACCUGACCCCGGAGGACGUCGUGGGCAUCCUGGAGGACCUCAAGGCGGGGAAGAAGCCCAAGGUCGGGAGCCAGCACCGCCACAAUGCGGAGCCCUCGGGUGCCGUCGCGGACGGCAAGUGGGUGGAGGACUCGCCUGGCGCCAACAUCACACUGAGGGGGCCCCCUCCCGGACCCUACUGCAGGUCGGCCUAG